AAAAAGCAAUUGAAAGCUUUGAUAGCAGGGGAGGGAGGGAGAGAGAGCGAGUUACCAAGAAAUUUCUUCGUCCCUAGCGUUCUCCAAUCAUCCCGAUCUCUCCUGUAAAAAUGACAACAUCAAGGCGUCUUGCUGAUAGGAAGGUGGGGAGGUUUGAGAAGAACAUUACCAGGAGAGGAGCUGUGCCAGAAUCAACUGCAAAGAAGGGAACUAACUAUCCCGUUGGCCCUGUUCUCCUCGGUUUUUUCAUAUUUGUUGUUGUCGGAUCAUCUCUGUUUCAGAUAGUGAGGACAGCUACAAGCGGAGGCAUGGCUUAAGCAAAUCGUGUGAUGGUGUAGCAAAUGGCUACUUCUUGUGAUGUGUAACUUCUUGUUAGCAUAAUUUUAGAGAUCGAACUUUUGUUUACAAGACACACUAGCAUUUGUUAAUCUAUGUUGUGGAAAGUUUGAAAAUGAAUAAAAAUCCCCACCUUCUUACUUUGUCUUAUA